AUGGAGUCCGCGGGCACCGGGCGGAGCCUGCCGACGCCGCCGCCUCGGCUGCUGCUGCUGCUGCUCCUGCAGGUGGCGGGGCCCGCGGGCGCCCUGGCGGAGACCCUGCUGAAUGCGCCGAAAGCCAUGGGCACCAGCUCCAGCCCGCUCAGCCCCGCGAGCGUGGUGGCUCCGGGAACGACAGCAUUCGAGGAAAGUCGACUGCCCGUGUUCACCCUGGAUUACCCCCACGUGCAGAUCCCCUUCGAGAUCACCCUCUGGAUCCUGCUGGCGUCCCUGGCCAAGAUUGGCUUCCAUCUCUACCACAAGCUGCCCACCAUCGUGCCCGAGAGCUGCCUCCUCAUCAUGGUCGGACUUCUGCUCGGCGGAAUUAUCUUUGGCGUCGAUGAGAAGUCUCCCCCGGCCAUGAAGACCGACGUGUUUUUCUUGUACCUCCUGCCUCCCAUCGUGCUCGACGCCGGCUACUUCAUGCCCACGCGCCCCUUCUUCGAGAACCUCGGCACCAUCUUCUGGUACGCGGUGGUGGGGACCCUGUGGAACUCCAUCGGCAUCGGCGUGUCGCUGUUUGGCAUCUGCCAGAUCGAAGCGUUUGGCCUCACUGACAUCACUCUGCUGCAGAACCUGCUCUUCGGCAGCCUGAUCUCAGCCGUGGACCCGGUGGCCGUGCUCGCCGUCUUCGAGAACAUUCACGUCAACGAACAGCUCUACAUCCUGGUCUUCGGCGAGUCCCUGCUGAACGACGCAGUCACAGUGGUCCUGUAUAACUUGUUCAAGUCCUUCUGCCAGAUGAAAACCAUUGAGACCAUCGAUGUGUUUGCUGGAAUUGCUAACUUCUUUGUCGUGGGAAUCGGUGGGGUGUUGAUCGGCAUCUUCCUGGGUUUUAUAGCGGCAUUCACCACUCGCUUCACACACAAUAUCCGAGUGAUUGAGCCACUGUUUGUUUUCCUGUACAGCUAUUUGUCCUACAUAACAGCUGAGAUGUUCCACCUCUCCGGCAUCAUGGCAAUCACUGCUUGUGCCAUGACUAUGAACAAGUAUGUGGAAGAGAACGUGUCUCAGAAAUCCUACACGACCAUCAAGUAUUUCAUGAAGAUGCUGAGCAGCGUCAGCGAGACCCUCAUCUUCAUCUUCAUGGGAGUGUCCACCGUUGGGAAGAACCACGAGUGGAACUGGGCCUUUGUCUGCUUCACGCUGGCCUUUUGUCUGAUCUGGCGGGCGCUGGGUGUCUUUGUCCUGACUCAGGUCAUUAAUUGGUUCCGGACCAUUCCCCUGACCUUCAAAGAUCAAUUCAUCAUUGCCUAUGGAGGCCUCCGAGGUGCCAUCUGUUUUGCCCUGGUCUUUCUCCUUCCUGCUGCUGUGUUUCCUCGGAAAAAGCUGUUCAUUACGGCUGCCAUCGUCGUCAUAUUCUUUACUGUCUUCAUCCUGGGCAUAACUAUCCGACCAUUAGUGGAAUUUCUUGAUGUUAAGAGGUCCAAUAAGAAACAGCAAGCUGUCAGUGAAGAAAUCCAUUGUCGGUUUUUUGAUCACGUGAAGACUGGGAUUGAAGAUGUCUGUGGACAUUGGGGUCACAAUUUCUGGCGAGACAAGUUCAAGAAGUUUGAUGACAAAUACCUGCGGAAGCUUUUAAUUCGGGAAAAUCAACCCAAGUCAAGCAUUGUGUCCUUGUAUAAAAAACUUGAAAUAAAACAUGCCAUUGAGAUGGCGGAGACUGGGAUGAUAAGUACUGUUCCUUCAUUUGCAUCUCUAAAUGAUUGUCGUGAAGAAAAAAUAAGGAAGCUUACUCCUGGUGAAAUGGAUGAAAUUCGAGAAAUAUUAUCAAGAAAUCUCUACCAAAUACGUCAACGAACUUUGUCAUACAACAGACACAAUCUGACAGCCGACACGAGUGAGAGGCAAGCCAAGGAGAUCCUGAUCCGCCGUCGGCACAGUUUGCGCGAAAGCAUCAGAAAGGACAACAGCUUGAAUCGGGAGCACAGGGCUUCUACUUCAACCUCCCGAUAUUUAUCAUUACCUAAAAAUACGAAGCUUCCAGAAAAGCUACAGAAGAGAAAGAAUAUUUCUAAUGCAGAUGGUGACAGCAGUGACUCUGAUGCUGAUGCUGGAACCACCGUGCUCAAUUUGCAGCCCCGAGCCAGACGCUUCCUGCCAGAACCAUUCUCCAAGAAAGCUUCCCAGGCCUAUAAAAUGGAAUGGAAGAACGAGGUGGACGUGGGCUCUGGCCAAGGGCAGCCCAGCCCGCCCGCUGCACCCCGCAGCAAGGAGGGGGGCACGCAGACGCCGGCUGUCCUACGGCAGCCCCUUCUCUCCAAAGACCAGGGGAGGGAGGACAGUUUGACUGAAGGUGGCAGACCCAAGCCGCCUCCGCGGCUGGUCCGGAGGGCGUCGGAACCUGGGAACCGGAAGUCGAGGUUGGGGAGUGACAAGCCUUAA